GAGAGGUGGGCGGGGCGGGGCCGGGCUGUGAGGGAGGUGCGGCCAUGGCGCAGCCCCGGGUGCUGCCCCAGAGCAAGGAGACCCUGCUGCAGUCCUACAACAAGCGCCUCAAGGACGAUGUCAAGUCCAUCAUGGACAACUUCACCGAGAUCAUCAAGACGGCCAAGAUUGAGGAUGAAACUCAAGUCUCUCGAGCAACCCAGGGUGAGCAAGAUAACUACGAGAUGCACGUCAGAGCUGCAAACAUUGUCCGAGCUGGCGAGUCCCUGAUGAAACUUGUGUCUGACCUGAAGCAGUUCUUGAUCCUCAACGACUUCCCCUCUGUGAACGAAGCCAUCAACCAGCGCAACCAGCAGCUGAGGAGUUUGCAGGAGGAGUGUGACAAGAAGCUGAUUGCCCUGAGGGAUGAGAUCUCCAUUGACCUGUACGAGCUAGAAGAAGAAUAUUACUCUUCCAGCUACAGUCUGUGUGACAGCAAUGAUCUCCCGCUGUGCGAAGCCUACUGGAGACAAGACUUUGCCACGCUGUCCCCCGAGAGCCUCUCGAUGCCUCUGGCAGCUGCCACAGCAGAGCCGAGCGUUGCUCCCUCCCAGAGUUCGACCCCGUCGCAUCCUCACGUGAACGGGCACGGGGCGGGCCCCGCCGAGCAUUCCUGAAGAGGAUCCGACCGUGCUCCUCCCACCGGCCCCGCGCUGCUGGAAGUCUUCCGCCUGCUGUACUACUGAGCGUCUCCUGCUGUCGGGAGGAGGCGCUGGAGCUGUGCUGGCAGGUUUCUGCCCUCAGGAUGGCUGCGGUGCUUCCUCCCCACCAGGACACUGCCAUGAGUGUUCCUCUCCCUUAAGAGAUAGAGAUAAAUAGACACAAAGCAGAUUGUGCUAACAAACUAGAGUCAGGUUUGCUUUUACGUGAUAGUUACGUGUAGAGUUCUUUAGAAGUCCAGUUUGUUUCCAUGUGAAUCUCAGUAAGUACAUGCUGGAGUGUUGGGAGUUGAAUAACUUGAGCCAAAUGUGGGGGCAGUGAGUGUUUUGGGGUUUUACUCUGCCUCCCUAAGUUAUUGACAUUCUGGCUGCUUUAAAGCUCUCUCAGGAUGGCAUCUGACAACCUCUGGUCUAAUUUAAAGAGUCUUAUAGUAUUUUUUACGUAACAGUCUUCACUGUCAAAGUGCUUCACAAACUUGAAUUCUUGAUUUGGGAGGAGGAUCUCAGGAGACCUUUGUGGAAGAGCAGAGUUCCCCCUGUGAAGAGGAACAGGGACCAGACUGAGGGACCUACGAUGCCACUUGCUCAAAGCCACAAAUAGAAGCAGCUUUAGUUGAUUCCUUCUUCAGUGUUUACACAGGAAUUUCUGCUAACACAGUCUGAGCUAACAUGAAGCUACUGUUUAUGUGGGCUUUUAGUUCUGCCUGAUAAAAAGAUCCUGAGAUGACUGGGGUGUUGGGAGCAGUGAGGGAUACUCGGUUACUCUCAGUUUCCUUCCAAAGAAACGUUUGGUGCUUGUUCUGCAGCUGUUCAGCAGCUCAGCACAUCAUCUGCCCUUCCCCUUUGUGGUGGCCCGAGCUGUGCAGCUGAAAGGGGGAUGUCACUGCACUGGAACAGGGUCACCACAGCUCAGUGUCACUGCAGAGCCACCGGUGCAUUCCAACAACCUGCUGAUCUUCCCCGGCGUUCUGCUGUAAUGUCUCCUUUCCUAGGAUGUGAAUUUUGCUAUAAUUUUUUUGGUUUCUUUUUCUUCCAUUCCAUUUAUUUUUGUAACUAGGUGACUUAAUAAAACUUGGCUGUUUUGUAUAAUUUUUUAAGGCGUGUGUUUUCAGCCACGAGGCUUUGUGGAAGUGUGACAGCGUGAGCGUGCACAUGGAACGGGACGAGCGUUCCCCCCACGGGCUGGGAAGAAAACCCUGCUCCGUGCAGGCGUUCCCGUUUGGGGGCUACAGAAACCAUCACUAAACCCGACCGUGCUCUGGG